AAUAGGCAGGUACAACCGGUUCACAGCGUGACAUUUUUCCACCCUAAAACCACAGCAUUUGCAGAAGCGCUCUCUCUCGCUCUCCGAGUAGUGGAGCUAGCAAAGGUACAAAAUAAUAAUAAUAAAAAAUUAAAAAAUAUAAAAAAUAAAAAAGCGAAGCCGGAGAAAAUGAUCGUCUGCGUCGCCGUCGUCGGCCACCAGAACAAUCCAUUGUACAUACAGAGUUUCACGGAUGCCGAUGACGCACUCAAGCUCCACCACAUCGUCCACUGCUCCCUCGACGUUAUCGACGAGAAAGUGAACAACCCGAAAAAAUCCGGACCAACACUGAAUGAGACUUUUCUGGGUCUACUUUAUCCAACUGAAAAUUACAAAGUGUACGGCUAUUUGACCAAUACAAAGGUGAAGUUCAUCUUGGUAACAACAGAUCUAGAUGUCAAGGAUGCGGAUGUCAGAAAUUAUUUCCGGAGUUUUCAUGCUGCUUAUGUAGAUGCUGUUUCAAACCCAUUCCAUGUUCCAGGUAAAAAGAUAACCUCUAAAACUUUUGCAGAAAGGGUGACCAACAUUGUUAAGUCAUUUGGGUUCAGUUCAGCUGCUUGAAUGAUGUCAGAGUGGAAUUAGAUUUUUAGUUUUCCUUGAUGAAAUUGGUGGAAAUAUCUUUUUUGGUCUCACCUGGGAAUUGAAGUUGUAGUUGGAGACUGGCAUCAGUUUUCUAACUCAAGAAGCAUUACAAUAGGGUAUUGUAUGACUUGAAGUUGUACGAAAAAUGAAAGCGGGAUGUUAUGUUUCUUUUUUCAUUCCGUAUAUAAAUUACUGUUUAUAGUAUUUGAGGACUUGUAAAACUUUGGUUUUAUUUGUUGGUUAAAUGAUCCGAGAAUUUCAAGAGUAUGCUUUCCUA